AUGCAGAUCUUCGUGAAAACUUUGACCGGCAAAACCAUCACGCUCGAGGUUGAGUCAACCGACUCCAUCGACAAUGUCAAGGCCAAAAUUAACGACAAGGAAGGAAUUCCUCCCGAUCAACAACGCCUGAUUUUCGCCGGGAAGCAGCUUGAAGACGGUCGCACUCUUGCUGAUUAUAAUAUUCAGAAAGAGUCAACUUUGCAUUUGGUCCUGAGGCUUAGGGGUGGAAAGGUUGAUAGAUAUGAGCCAAGUCUCAAGUUAUUGGCCCAAAAAUACAAGCAGCAUAAACUUAUUUGCCGCAAAUGCUAUGCCCGUCUGCAUCCCCGUGCUGUCAAUUGCAGGAAGAAGAAAUGUGGACACUCCACUCAGCUGAGGAAAAAGUCGAUGGAGAGCGCAAACAUAUGA